AUGGAGAUAGAAAAUCACUCUCUAAUGAUGGACAACAAUGUGCUAAACGUUGAGAGCAAGGCUUGGAUUAAUUCUAUGAAAUAGACACAAUGAGGCUUCUCUCCUGGAUUGGAUGGAAAGAUGUAAUAUUACUCUUGUACAGGUUAAUGGUUAGAGGAAAUAUGGUGACCCUCCUGCAGGCUGGGUUGGAGAAGCUUCUCCACUGGGGACAGAAAUAUUUAUCAACAAUCUCCCUCCAGAAUUCUAUGAAAAUAAACGAAUUCCACAUUUUCAGGCUGCUGGAACAUUGUAUGAGUCUUGUCUUAUGA